AUAUAAAGUCUGGAGGUUUGUCUUCCUUUGGCUCAGAGGGAAGACAGAAUCAGAGUGGCUGUGGGGGAAGAUGGAUUUCAAACACAGUCGUUCCGUGAAGCUGAAUGAUGGACACUACAUGCCAAGGCUUGGAUUUGGAACUUAUGCUCCUGCAACAGUUCCAAAAAGCAAGGCUUUCGAGUGCACCAAAGUGGCCAUUGAGGCUGGUUUCCGUCACAUUGACGCAGCACUCUUAUAUGAAAAUGAGGAGGAGGUUGGAGCAGCUAUUCGAGAGAAGAUUGCUGAUGGUACUGUGAAGAGAGAGGACAUAUUCUACACUACCAAGGUUUGGGCUACUUACCUUAAACCAGAAUUGGUUAGGUCAUCCCUGGAAAUAUCACUGAAGAAACUUCAAAUGGACUAUGUUGAUCUUUUCAUUAUACAUGUUCCAUUUCCUAUGAAGCCUGGAAAUGAACUUUUACCAAAGGAUGCUAAUGGACAAAUUAUUUUAGAUACGGUGGAUCUUUGUGACACGUGGGAGGCUCUGGAGAAGUGCAAAGAUGCAGGAUUAACCAAGUCCAUUGGGGUGUCCAAUUUCAAUCGCAAACAGCUGGAAAUGAUACUGAACAAGCCAGGACUCAAGUAUAAGCCCACCUGCAACCAGGUGGAAUGUCACGUUUACCUCAAUCAGAGCAAGCUUCUGGAGUACUGCAAGUCCAAGGAUAUUGCUCUUGUUGCUUACAGUGCCUUGGGAUCACAAAGAGAUCCAGGCUGGAUUGAUCAGAAGAGUCCAUAUCUCUUAGAAGACCCAGUCCUGAAUGCCAUUGCCAAGAAACUUAACCGAACAGCAGGUCAGGUUGCCUUGCGCUACCUCCUGCAGCGUGGGGUGGUGGUCCUGGCCAAAAGCUUCAAUGAGAAGAGAAUCAAAGAGAACAUGCAGAUUUUUGAGUUUGAAUUGACUGAAGACGACAUGAAAAAAAUUGAUGGCCUCAACAAAAAUCUCCGCUACAACAAAUUUCUAUUUGCUGCUAAUCACCCUAACUAUCCAUUUUCUGAAGAAUAUUGAGCAUGAAGUAUGGAACGUCGAUCCAGAAUAUUCUGCUUUUAGACAUUGUGGAAAGGAUUUGUCUUUGGUAGACCUGAGUGAUUGAUA